AUGGCGAGCCCAUUUGCUUCAAUCGCCAAUCAGAGGGUCUCGGCCCAGCGACCGCCAAAAGACAGACCGGAACUGGAUUUUGACAGAUGCGCCGCUCUGCACAACACAAUAGCCAUCUACGGCUGGCUACGCAGCGGCCGCAAGGUCGCCGACAUGGACCGCAAAACCUGGUGGCAGAAGCGCGGCAAUCCGACUUUGGAGGUUCUAUUACGACCGUCUCUUGUCAAGUUCUUGAAAAAAAUCUUCGAUUUGCCUGGAGGAGACGGAAGCCAUUUUUUCUAUUACAUCAGCAGAGUUGCAAAACCUAGGGAAAUGCUGUAUCUGGGUGAUUUGUUGGAUGACAACGAGAAGCCGCUCAAGGGAGAGAAGCAUCGGUUUAUUACUCUGUACAUGACGAACAAGGAAUUGGUCAGUCAACGGAGUGGCAUUGUAUACGAUCAAGAAACCGGCAAGGCAAUCUUCAUGCCAACCUUUUUGCACAUCUUCGACCUGUACGACCAGAAAUUGCCAUGGCAAAGGCUAGAAUCAAUCCUCAGCGCAUACAUCGACAUGAUCGAAGCCGGAAAAGCCGUAGCCUUACACGAAUCCAUUGCUCGACGGUCACGCUACGACACGCAUCCUUGGAGCUUGGUUUCCUACACCCACGGAGACUUGACUUCAUGCCUCAAACUCUGGGAAGAACUGUUUACGGAAGUCGAAAUCAAAAGUGGAUUGCGAGAUGAGGAAGAAGAUCCGAAUACCACACCCCUCUGCAGUCGCUCUGGCCUUUCCGCUGCUGGUGUGCCCAGAGGUUUCGCUUACGAUUUGCUUUCUCACGCCCGCCAACCGCGUAUCUGGUACGUGGCACCUGGCAUCCGCCUACCUCAAGCCUCAGAAUUCGUGAACCAGCCCUUCAAACACGUUGCAGCGCGCUACCCAAAGGAAACAGAAGGCAUCAAGAUGCCAUUCUUGUUCUUCCGCGCAGAAGGCACGGUGACUUCCAAACAAGCAAACUUCCGCUGGCCGUUCAGCACAGUGCAAGAAGUUCCUUGCGGCUUGUAUCUUGACUCUUACCCAAACAAAGAGAACCCUUUUGAAGAUGCCUGUCGUCUUGUUUUGCCCUUUGCAGUGGGAGCAAACAAGAAAGCUAGAACCAGUGAUGGUAGAUUGAUGCAAAAGAGCCAUACAGAGGUUUAUGCUCACGGUAUUAAUCCGUUUACUCUACGCCAUGGUCCUAAAUUGACAGCGAUCCUCGAGAAUUGGUUGAUGAAUGUCAAGAGUGGGCAUUGGACUGUGGAUGAGCAGGGUGUUUCUGGCGGAGUCGAGGCUUGGAAGCAGGCGGACACGGAAGAGCAUUGGGAUAAGUAUGUUUCGGCGCAUUUGGCAUUGUAA